GCGAGUGAAAGAUGGCGGAGGGCGGCGGCGCCGGCGGCGAGGAGGGCGAGGAGGGGCCGAGGGCGGUGGGGCCGCGGCCCCCGAGCGCGCGGGACUUGCAGUUGGCCUUGGCAGAAUUAUAUGAAGAUGAAGUGAAAUGCAAAGCUUCCAAAUCUGAUAGACCUCACGCUACAGCCUUUAAAAGCCCACGAACACCACCUCAAAGGUUCUAUUCAAGUGAACAUGAAUGCAGUGGAUUACAUAUAGUUCGACCUUCAACUGGGAAAAUUGUGAAUGAACUUUUCAAAGAGGCAAGGGAACAUGGGGCUGUCCCUCUGAAUGAAGCCACAAGAGCUUCGAGUGAUGACAAAUCUAAGUCUUUUACAGGUGGAGGAUACAGAUUGGGUAAUUCCUUUUGUAAGCGGUCUGAAUACAUCUAUGGAGAAAAUCAGUUGCAAGAUGUUCAGAUUUUGCUUAAACUGUGGAGCAAUGGUUUCAGCUUAGACGAUGGAGAAUUGAGACCUUACAGUGACCCAACAAAUGCUCAGUUUCUGGAGUCCGUUAAGAGAGGAGAGAUUCCCCUGGAGCUUCAGCGGCUGGUUCACAGAGGCCACGUGAAUCUGGAUAUGGAGGAUCAUCACGAUGAAGAAUACAUAAAACCUAGACUGAGGUUCAAGGCUUUCAGUGGAGAAGGACAAAAACUUGGAAGCCUCACACCUGAAAUAGUCAGUACGCCUUCCUCCCCAGAAGAAGAGGAGAAGUCACUACUUAAUGCAGUUGUUCUUAUUGAUGAUUCCGUGCCAACGACCAAAAUUCAGAUCAGGUUAGCAGACGGGAGCCGUUUGAUACAAAGAUUCAAUAGCACACACAGGAUCCUGGAUGUUCGGGACUUUAUUGUACGGUCCCGUCCUGAAUUUGCAGCUCUUGACUUUAUUCUCGUGACUUCAUUUCCAAACAAAGAGCUAACAGAUGAAAGCCUGACACUACAAGAAGCAGAUAUUCUUAACACUGUGAUACUCCAGCAACUAAAAUGAUAUUGCUCCUACCCCUGCAGUAGCAUGUAGGAACGGUAACGUGCCAUAUUAGUGAGGAAAACACUUAGAGCGUAAAAAGUUACUUUUAUUAUUUAUACAGAUAAAUUUUGGUUUUAUUCUUAUUCUGUCUUCCAGCUUUAGUCUAGACAAAUUUGGACUAGGAAUAGAUCUUGAGAAAUAUGUUUGAGGUUUUAGCUGCAAGGGCUGGCUUCUGUUGAUAGCUUUUAAAUAUUCAGGCAAACCAAUUUGAUACAUGAUCAGAGUUAAUGCAACAACAUUUGUUUGCAGAGAAAAUGAACAAAACCCCAUUUUGAUAAAUGCAUUUGGUAAAAUCUGCACUAAAGUUUCUUGAUGCUGCAUUGAUCAACAGCCAUUAAGAAAUCUUCUGACCAAAUACUUUGAAAAAUUUUCUGUAAUGUGUACCGAAAAGUAUCUGUAUCUGAUUUUGAAAUACUUUGAUCAUACGAUAAUUAUUUCUCCUAUUAAGAUUUUACACAUCCUUUUUCCUUGCUGAUUUAGCUGUUUACUCAUGUCAGAAAAUACAGUUUAGCCUUGUAUUUUACAGGACUCUGACCAUCCUAAACUAGAAACAAAGACAAAGGUCAGCAGUUCCUGAGGAGAUGUGUCCACCAGCACUUUAGAGUAACUCCAGUCCCUCGCAGAGCCUGUCGUGACCACAUUCACUUAUUCAUUCAGCACGUUGUUCUAGAGGACCCAUUACAUAUACUAAACACUGUUCUAAGUGUUCGACCCAGAAUGUAGUCUAUUGCAAGACCAAAUGAGUGUAGAAAUACAGGAAUGUAAAUUCUGUCAGCCAGACUGGAUCUGAAGAGUUACCAGCGUAAAUGUCUGCGUUUCUGCUGACGCCACAUAUUUCCUGAGUGAGGGAGGCUACAGCAGGAUGAGAGAAAAGCUUUUCCUUCUUCCCAGACACCAUUUCAUCUUUGGUCACCCCUCCUGGUUAGUCUUUUUUUGUAGUCUUUUAUUGCUGCUGUAACAAAUUACUACAAAUUUAGUGGCUUAAAAUAGCCUAGGUUUCUUCUAUAGGUGAGAUGUCUCACGUGGGUCUCACUGGGCUAAAGUCGGGUGUCAACAGGGCAGCAUUCCUCUGGGGAGGCUCUAGGGGAGAAAUGUUUCCUUGCCUUUCCAACUUGGAGAGGCCACCUGCAUUCCUGGGCCUGUGGCCCUUUUCCAUCUUCACGACCAGCAAUACUGUAUGUAUCUGGCUCCAGCGUCAUCACAUCUCUUUGAGGACAGUCGGGAAAGAGUCUCUGCUUCUGAGGACUCAUGUGAUUAGAUGGGUCUGCCAGAUACUCCAGGAUGACCUCCCAUCACAAGGUCCACAGUAACCUUAACCGAAUCCUUGAAAUCCCUUUUGUCGUGUAAGGUGACCUGUCACAGGUCCCUUCUGCAGGCACCAGGGGUGGUCUCUUCUUCGCCUCAUCCAACUUGUAGAGGCGGGUGGCAUCCCUUCCCUUGCGGCCGUAUCCCUCCACGUCUCCGCUUCUGUCCUGACAUCAUUUACUUCCGACUUUGAUCCUCCUGCUGUCUUCUUACAAGCACCCUAGUGCUUACAUUAGGUUCACACAGAUAAUCCAGGAUAAUCUCCUCAUCUAAAGUAUGAGUGAGCAUCUUGGUGUGCAUCCUGGGACACAGUUUCUCUCCAUCUGUGAACCUAGAGACCCAGGUAUCUGCUCCCAAAUAUAAGGGUUAGACAGGCAUAGAAUAAUCGUUACAAACCUUCCUGUUCAAGAAAAUAGAAACUGGAAGGGAAGAAGGAGGCAGCAGUGCCAAGCGAUUUAGAAGUUCAGCCAGGCACAGUCCGUUAGGUUUCGGGGCCUGCGAAUAUCUUCUGUGGCUCCCAGCAGCAUCCCACAGACGUGUGGCUUUCCCUCAGGGUCUUCCUUAUACAUGAAAGGUAGCAGGUGUCUGCAGCUGAGUACUUUUGUCAGCUUGUUUCUUGCCUGUGGAAUCGUGGGAGGUCCAGCCAUCUUUUUUCGUUUCAUUCUGUCUCUGUCCCUUUUAGUUUAAGACGGCAGUGUCCGUGGGUCUUCUGUGCCUGUUACAGAAGUUGCUGCAUUAGACCGGAGGCUCCUCCCCAGAGCUUUCCUAGAUAAUCCAGCUCUCUUUCUGGCCUUUUCUGAGAUGGCUGAGGGGCUCUGUGAGUCACACUCUUAAUCUCUUUAAAGAGCCUUUGAUGUGACUUUUUUUUUUUAUAUUUCUCAGGUAUUAGCAAAAAGUUAUAGGCCACAAUCUCAUCUCUUUCCUUAGAGCCGUCUUUCCUGACAGUGAAUCUCUUAAUGUCUUUGCCGUUCGAGUAAACUAACAAUUUCCAAGUCAUCAAGUCAUGUUUCCUUCUUUUUUAACAGUCCUUUCCUCAAUUGAUCUGCUUCCUCUCACGUUUUACCAUAAUCAGUAGGGAGAAAGCAGGCUGCGCCUUCUCUGCCUUGCUUGGAAGUCUUUUCAGCUCGGUCUCCCUCACGCCUCUGGCUGUCCCCGCGGCUGCACUGCAGCCAAGCCUCCUGCCGCUGUGUCGCCGGCAUCUCUUUACCUUCCGCUUCCCGCAGCACGUUCCGCAUUCCCCCCUGAGCCCUCACUGGCCGCGCCUUUCAGGUCCUUGUCGCUAGUAGGCGUGUCCCCCCAGCAGCCGCGAGCACCCCUUGCCUUCUCGGAGCCCGGGCUGGCUGCUGUCCUCAGGGCUCAAGGCGGCCUCGGCUCUCUCCUCCCGCUGCCCGGGCGCAAGGCCACCUCUGAACUUGUAGGCCUUUGUUACAGCAGCGCUCGCUGCAGGGUGUCUGGCAAAGCCCACUGUGCCUCCUCGCUGCCGCCUGACUGGAAUGUGCCAGGAGGAGCUUUGGACGUGACCUUUCUCCGGGGCUCCCCUCGCUUCCAGGAGCUGAACUUACCCGUGUGAGGGGCGGAUACCGCGGAAGUGUUGAUCUCAGCGCCGCAGAGAAAACUUGUUCUCGGUGUCGUAAUCCAGAGUAAGAGGCGUAGUCCUGAGUCUUCUCCGAAUGGGAAGCUCUGUUCCUUUCCGCUAGUUGAAAAUAACCUGGAGAAUAUAGAAAUGACCGUUCAAAAAGUCAGCCUCUGUCCAGAAAGGUUACCAGGGAUAAACUGCAUUUUCAAGGGGCAAAGCCGUAUUCCUGCAGAAAUAAUCUAUUGAAACAAGUUAGCAUCUUAAAUAGAAGGGCAUUGCCCUGUUUGGGAUUAACAAAAUGGAGAAAACAAUUAACCAAACCCUGUAAAAUUAUUGGAAACGUUAUUCUUGUAGUUCCUUUUUAGUCCGUUAGAUGGAGUGCCUGUAGACGCACAUACAAAAACGACUGCCAUUUCUGUACAUAAUGGUUCCAAAAUAGAUUCCCAUCGGGAGGGAGGAUCAAACAUCCAGAGGGAUGAACAGUACUUUCGUGUGUUCUACAAAGUGUUCUGCUUCGUUUAGAGUUUUCCUGAAUUCUUUGUACUGUUGCAGUCGCUGUAACUUUUAAAAUUUAUAAUCCUCUCAGAAGAGAUUGUGUGACGUCAAUUGUUUUGCAUGACGUGUGUAAGGACGUUUUCACUCACCAAUAAAGAAUGUUUUCACUGAAAGUGAUUGAAAAUCCUUUUCAAAAUUCCCUUUGAUUGGCAGCUUUUUUUGAGUGGCCUAGUGGAGCAUUGUAUGGGUAACAUUUCCCGUGGUACGUCUUUUUGAUGGGCAGAAGGAUCUGAGCUGUAGCGAUGUUAUCUGUUUCCCAUUACUGAUUCUGUUUUUAUUCCACCAAAAUAAAGGUGCAGAUUUUUCUUCACUCUGGCCACACUGGAUCUCUUGAAAACCUUGUCACGACAUGUGUUGUUGAUACAGUGCCUCCUGUUCUCCACUUAAGAGUUUUUGUCCCUAAUCAGUGAUGCACAUAAAUACAUAUGUGUCCAGUGUUGUCAUAAAGGCUAAGAAACACCUUCUGUGAUCCUCUAUCUAAUUUUAAAGUAUCUUUUAAUUCCGAGUAAAUGUUGUGUAAAAGGAGCCCCAUUGCAUAUGUAUAACAGUGUGCGUGGUGUUUGUACGGCACAUAUAAAUCACUCAUGUGGCCCAGAACUAACACCUAGCUGUAGCCUACUUAGCUUAAUACUUAACAAUUUGGCCUCUUUAGAAUUUGGAGCUAUGACCUAAGUCUCUGAAAAAAUAGGAGGGCGGGGAGCUUUUUUUUAGAAAGUUUGAACUUGAUGAUUUAUUUUCUUUUAGAUAAAUGUUUCUGUAUUGUUAAAAACAAGACUGUAGCCCAAAACGGGGCCCCUAAAUGCCAAGGCCCACGUCACCAAACCCUGACUUAGACUUAAUUACAGCGUGGGCUCUCCCGGAAAUGGAAUCUUAAACCAGUCAAUCGACAAUCUGAUCAGCACUAAUUAGGUCAUCUGUCUGAUAAACCCUUGCCACCCCCUAAAGGAAAGUGACCUUUGCCAUAACCACCCUGCUUUUCUGCCAGUGUAUCUUCCUGUUCCCACCCUCUUCUGCCUAAAAAAGUCUCAGCUUGACCAGCUACUGGGAGCUCGUUUCUAUUUGCUAGAUUGGCUGCUGCCCAUUCGUGAAUUGUUCAAUAAAUUCAGCGAGAUGUUUAAAAUUUAUUCAUUUGAAUUUUUUUUUUUUCACACUAUGAAGCAAGAGACUUUCAGAAUCAUUCUGGGGAGCUGCAACCUUACAACUUCCCGAGUCCUGACUAGGUGAUCUCAGAUGGCUUCUUGGGCUGCUCCGAGGAAAGCUACAGUAGGAAAGGUGGAAAUAAGUCCAUUCUGUUGAGUACAUCACAACAUUUCUUGCUUUCUUUGGAGAUAAUUACCAACUUAUUAGCAUGGACUUAGAGACGUCAUACAAUCAGCAAUACAAUAGUUUUUCAAUUGGCUCCUGUCGACUAAAAAAAAAAAAAAAAACACAACAUGAGAGUUAUGAGUUAAGUUUUAUUUGGGGCAAAAUGAGAACUAUAGUCCUGGAGACGGCGUCUCAGAUAGCUCUGAGGACCUGCUCCAAGGUGAUGGGGGAAGGUCAGUGCUAUAUAGGAUCUUAGUGAAGGGCGGACGUGCAGUCAGGCACACACGUGGAGCAGAUGCCACCGUUUGUGAUUUUAGUGCUCUUCUAGAUACGAGGAGAUGCAAGAAUUGGAGCUCAUAAAAUCUUCUCUUGAAAAUAUCUAACUAUCUGAAGGCCUGUUCUGCCAGUUUUUCCCAGAGCACAGAUGCCCCGCUCCUGAUCUCCACCCCGAGCUCCUUUCAGGGGACGUUGAAGGUCAACGGCUGCGCUGGCUACCGACUUCAUCCUUGUAGAGCCAGGUGGCGAGCGACAAGUUUAGUUGGCACUUCUCUUGAAUGAAGUUAUGUGUGUUAAUUAGGCACCAAUAAAAGAGGUCCAUGAGAGUAAAGGCAGCUGCCUUUUUUCCUCCGAAAAUUCUCUCCUGCCCUUUACUCUCUUGAGUGUAAACUCUCUUAGCGCUGCUGUUUAUUCGUGUAGAUGUCAACACAGACGUAUGUACAGCAGUGUCUUUCCUUGCUUUCACCCUGGGGAUAGAAGAGUACUUAAAAGGAGUGCAUGUCCUUUGAUUUUAUGCCUCUGUGUCUGCUUUUUGGUUUAUAUUUUCCUCGUCUGCAUAGGGCACCUUUCAGUGUCCUUUUUAGAACAUUGUUAAUUAUAAAAGGUCCAACAUGGUAGUUUCUGUAGUUAACAUUUUUCCCGCUUUGUUUUUCAUUUUUGUCCCUGUGGGAAAGGCUUGUUUCUUCUGUUGUCAACAGAUUUUAUCAUUUUUAAUCGUAGGAUCAAGAAUGGUAGAAAGUAUAAGUUUUAGUUUUCUAUCAGAAUCUAUGUUGACUAGGAAGUAGCAACAAUAAAUACUACAAAUACUCAGAACAUCAGUAGGCUUGGAAGUGAAAACACGAGCACAGCUGAUGCAAGUGGGCGGUCCUGCCCCCAGCCUGGGAUUUUUAACUGGGUCUGGGCUUUUGAGCACAGGAGGGCAUAGGACGAAGUAACAUUUUCGAGAAAGAAAUGUUCAUCCUUCCUACAAAUCAAUGUCAGAUUUAAUGUUCCCUGAGCUGAAGAGGUCACUCUUAUUAAUGUAGUGAACUUAUAUGCAAAUAAAAGUUUCAUAUAUGCAUGUUAUAAAUACAUGAUAAUAACACCAAGGCUGAGAGGUGGGUGUUUUUUUUUCCUUGAAAACCUAUUAUAAAUGUUUGUAAUGGGAGUAAAUGUUACUGUUUUUUUUGGGGGGGGUGG